UUCCAGAAAGACUGCGUCACAAUAAAGCACUUCAGUUGUGUGAAUUCCAAUUAUCGGCGUUUUAGAUUUUGCUUAUUCCGGUCGCGGGAGCGAAUAUUCCGUUGAUCAUUGGAUAUUCCUCGGCUCCACCUUGUUUCCUCAACGGUCGAUUUUGGGGUUUCAAGAACGUUGUUUCCAAAAAAAUCUCCCUAGUGUUUGGUUUAUGAAUUUCGCAAGUUUCGGCUUGUUCUGAGGGUUUGGUGAUGUUCACACCGCAGAGGAAGGCUUGGCCCGCGUUGUCAAUAACGCCGAGGAGCGAAGCACCGAAGAGCGGCCGCGGCGUUGGGGCGGGCACAAACCCUAGGAACACCGGGAAGGGCAAAGCUGUUGCGUUUCUCGAUGGGCCACCGCCGCCGCUGGGUUUGUUGAGUGAGAACGGGACAACGGUGGUGGUGGAUACGGGGGAUACGGAGGAUUGGAGGAGGUUUAGGGAAGCGGGGUUGUUGGACGAGUCGGCGAUGGAGAGGAAGGACCGAGACGCGAUUAUGGAGAAGGCCUCAAAACUCGAAAAAGAGCUUCUUGAUUACCAGCACAAUAUGGGGCUUUUACUAUUUGAAAGGGUGGAAUGGACUUCAAAGUAUGAAGAACUCAGAGAAGAACUGGCAGAAGCACAGGAGAUCCUCAAACGUGAGCAAGCAGCCCAUUUAAUUGCAAUAUCGGAAGUUGAGAAGCGAGAGGAGAAUUUGAGGAAUGCUUUAGGAGUUGAAAGGCAGUGUGUUGUUGAUCUUGAGAAGGCUUUACGUGAAAUUUGUACAGAGCAUGCACAAAUCAAGCUUACAUCUGAGACUAAACUAGCUGAUGCCAACACUUUGGUUGCUGAUAUUAAGGAUAGAUCUUUGGAGGUAGAACGAAAGUUGCUUGCAGCUGAUGCCAAGCUUUCUGAGGCAAGUAGAAAGAGUUCUGAGUUGGAGAGGAAACUGCAAGAGGUGGAGGCUCGUGAAAGUGUGCUUCGGAGGGAGCGUCUCUCCUUAAAUGCAGAGCGAGAUACCCAUGAGGCGACUUUUUUAAAACAUAAAGAAGAUUUAAGGGAGUGGGAGAGGAAACUACAGGAAAAGGAAGAGAUACUUUGUGAGGAUCGGAGAACUAUUAAUCAAAGAGAGCAGAAGGCAAAUGGAUUUGACAAGAUUGUCAAACAGAAAGAGAAGGAACUUGAACAAGCAGAAAAGAAUGUUGAGUCCAUGGUUAUAACUUUGAAGAGUAAAGAAGAAGAUGUAAACUACAGGCUAGCAGACUUGGCUGUAAAGGAGGAAAAAACUGAAUUUCUUAGAAGCAACCUAGAGAUGAAAGAGAAGGAAUUACUUGCUCUGGCAGAAAAGCUUCGUACCAGAGAAAGAGUGGAGAUUCAGAAGAUUCUUGACGAGCACACGGCUAUCCUGGAAACAAAAAUGCAGGAUUUCGAGUUGGAAUUGAAAGAAAGGAGGAACUCGUUAGAUGAGGAAAUGAAAAGCAAGGUGGACGCAGUGGAGCAGAAGGAAGUUGAAAUUAACCACAUGGGGGAAAAACUGGGAAAACGGGAGCAAGCACUGGAAAAGAAGUCAGAGAGAAUAAAGGAGAAAGAGAAGGAACUUGACGCAAAGUUGAAGACUUUGAAGGAGAAGGAGAAGUUUAUCAAAGCUGAAGAGAAGAGGUUGGGUGUGGAAAAGAAACAAAUGCUUUCUCAAGAAGAGAGUCUACAUAUUCUCCAAGACGAGCUUGAAAAGGUAAGGGCCGACAUCAGUCUGCGGGAGUCACAGAUUUGUGAAGAGCGCAAAAAGCUUAGAAUUACUGAAGAAGAGAGGGCAGAAUAUUCCCGUUUGCAGUUACAGUUGAAAGAGGAGAUAGAGAAGUACAGACUUCAGAAGGAAUUGCUUUUAAAGGAAGGUGAGGAUCUGAAGCAGGACAGAAAGAAAUUUGAGGAGAAGUGGGAGGCAUUGGAUGAGAAAAGAGCUAGUAUAACUAAAGAGUUGAGAGAAAUUGAUGAAGAAAAAAACAAGCUAGAAAAAUUGAGACGCUCUGAAGAAGAAAGGCUGAAGAAGGAAAAAUGUGAAACGCAGGAUUAUAUUCAAAGGGAGUUGGAAGCUGUCAGAGUGGAAAAAGAAUCUUUUGCAGCCACAAUGAGGCAUGAGCAGUCGGUUUUAUCUGAAACAGCUCGAAAUGAACAUAGCCAACUACUUCAUGAUUUUGAAUUGAGGAGAAGGGAUCUUGAGACCAAUCUGCAAAAAAGGCAAGAGGAAAUGGAAAAGCACAUGGGUGAAAGGAAGAGAGCAUUUGAGGAGGAGAGAGACAAAGAACACAGAAAUAUCAGCUACUUAAAUGAUCUUGCCAGGAGGGAAAUGGAAGAUAAUAUGUCCGAAUGGCGUAGAAUAGAAAAGGAGAAACAGGAAAUUGUCUUGAAAAAGAAGCAACUUGAAGUUGACCAACUUGAAAUGCACAAGGACAUUGAUGAACUUGGUGUUCUUAGCAAGAAGCUCAAGGAUCAACGGGAACAAUUUGUAAAGGAGAGAGGCCGGUUUCUUGAAUUUGUUGAGAGGUUUAAGAGUUGCAGUAACUGUGGGGACAUUAUGCGGGAAUUUGUGUUCACUGAUCUUCAAUUGCUUGAGAUGGAGGAUAGGGAGGCUCUAUUGCUACCAAGACUGGAAGAGGAGCUUUUGGAGAAACGUCAGGCUGGUGUGGUUACUUCCGAUGGCAUAGACAUUAAGAGAUCUCCUGGUGGAACUGAUUUGAGAUCUUCAGAUUCUGGGGGUCGCUUGUCUUGGCUUUCCAAAUGCACCUCAAAGAUUUUUAACUUGUCCCCAAGUACAAAGAUUCAGCAUCUUGAUACACAAACUCUGGAUUCACCUUUGCCUAAAGUGCACGUCAAUGUUGAAGAAAAAGAUGGACCCAAUGUGCCAGUUGAUAUACAAGAAGUAAAGAUGCCAAGUAUUGCUGAAGACGGACCAGAAUCAUCCUUUGGGAUUGGAAAUGACUCAUUUGAUGUUCACUUGCUUGCAUCUAAUAACACAAUAGGAGAGGUGGAACGUGGCCAUGCUCCUUCUGUUAAUGUUCAUAGCAAUAUGGAGGCACAAGAACUUCAAGAAGAUUCUCAGCAAUCAGAGCUGAGUGGUCGGCGCAAACCCAGGAAAAAGCCAAAAGUUGGAAUUAGUAGAACACGCUCUGUAAAAGCAGUGGUUGAAGAUGCAAAGGCUUUUUUAGGGGAGAGUUCAGAAGGACUAAAACUGAAUGAGGAGAAGCCUCAAGAUUCCGUUUAUACCAAUGAGGAAAGCCGCGGAGAUUCCAAUCUUGCUGAAGAAACUGUAAGCACCAUUGCAAGGAAGCGGCGUCGGGCACAGUCAUCUAGAAUUACAGAGAGUGAGCAGGAUGCUGAUGACAGUGAAGGACGUUCAGAGAGUGUCACAGCAGCUGGGCGAAGGAAGAGGCGGCAAACAGUCGCUCCCGCAGCACAAACUCCCGGUGGAACACGAUACAAUCUCAGGCGACACAGGACUGCAGGCAUGGUCACUGCUGCAAGAGCUCCUACUGAUACUGAGAAGCAAAAGGGGAAAGAAGCUAAUGAUGGUUGUGGUGGUAUUACAGCGGAAGUAUCACCAAACAAACCUGAAGUUGCUUCUGCACCAUCAAUGGGAGUCGUUAAUGAGAAUGACAAUACUGCUCCAUUGGUGCAGGUCACAACUAGUAAAGCAGUUACAAUCCGGGAGUUCUCAUCGGAUAGGGUUGUCAGGUUCAAAACAACAGCAGACAUUGUUGAUGACAGUGCUGGUGCAGCAAAGUCAGAUGAAAAUAUGGGGUUGAGUGAGGAGGUAAAUGGUACGCCAGUAUAUGGUGGUGAAGAUGAAAAUGAGAGCACAUUCCAUGAUGAUGAUACAGAUAACGGUGAUGAUGAUGGCAAUGAUGAGUUGGAACAUCCUGGGGAAGUAUCAAUAAGGAAGAAGUUGUGGACCUUCUUCACAACGUGAUCACUGUACUAUUGAAUUUGCGAGUGGAUCAUUGUGUGUUGACAUUUGCAAAGUAGUGUACUUAGGGAACUUUAGCUUCUGUUGGAGGGCUAAAUGUCCUCUUCCCUUUUUUUUUUUUGCUUUGGAUGUCAAGGCUGAUAACUUUUUUUUUUUGGUUAUAGGCAGCCUAGUUAGUUUUGUGUAGUAACAAGCUAUGGUGCAGUUUGCAACCAAUUUAUAUUCCUGGCCAUUUUUGGACA